AUGACAUUUCAUAGGAAAAGAAAAAGAAAUACGCGGCCCUCACCCAGAUUCCCUUUUAAGAAACUUUCUCGAUGCGUAGCUAGAAACUCUCGUCGCGAAUGUUGGUCGAAUGCAAAGUAUCAUGGGCGGGUAUUUUGCAAAAAGGGGUGUGAUGCAGAUGGGGAAGCCUGGGACGAAUGCUUGGAAGAAUGCACUGAGAUAUGCUAUAAGGAUCCUGUAUUUAAGAACCACCAGUGGAGUGCUUACAUUGACCGAUCUCCUGGGUCUGCCAGUUACUCAGAGGAAUGUUUCCAUGCAUGUGUAUCUGGUUGCGGCUUUAAGUUUGAGGUUGAACCAGAGAAAGCUGACAAAAUCCAACCAAACAGACCUGCAAAACCAGCACCUGUUGUUUCGAAACCCUCCCCACGACCUCCAAUCACUGAAUCAAUUGCCAAAAAUGAAGACUUGCCAAGCACUUCUGCAUAGCAACACACAAUGCCAAUAAACAAGGAAACCUGACGCAUCAAAUUGUAGCUUACGUCUCCCGUUGCUAUGUUUCCCCCCGCGGGCUUCCAUAUUCUGUUGGAUUAUAAAUUAUGACAGUCACUUGUAAGUUUAGUCCUUCCUUGCCUGUAAAAGGACUUAGGUCUCUGACAUAGAUAUUUUUCCUAUAUGCUGAGAGUUGCUAAUUGCCUGCCUUGUUGUAGCUUCCAUUGCUCUGGCUUCAAAAGUUGGAGAAUUUUGUGAAACGUUAAUUUAGUAUGGGGAAUUGGGGAAUUAGGCACCUUGUUGUUUCGGAAAAGAAGUAAAUUUCAGCUGUAGCUUGUCUUUCUUUUGUGUUCUUACAAUGAGCUCGUAAAAGUAAAUUAGCAGGAUUCAGUUCAAUAGGGACUUGACAAAAUAGUCUUCAUACUUUUUUUUUCAUUGAAAUCGAGAGUUGGGUCUUUGGGAGA